UACUUGUACGACGUAUUCACACUCAUGUACCCCUAGGUUGCCAGAGUGACUACAAGUGCGCACGCUAGUGUCAUCUGCAGCAUCGUCGAGGUGGAAAACUGUUUCUUGUUUCCAGCUCGGGCCAGCGAGCAUGACUUUUCGAGCCCCCGUUCGAGCUAUAAGGACGGUGGCAGAUUUAAACCAGUUCAAACAAUCACCGACUUACAAGGAGCUCAUGACGUUCAUCCGGUUAUGCAACGAUGCCGUGAUCGGCGUGCGAGCUUCCUCCCUGCAGCUGAACACUGUGGAUACGGCGAUGGAUACAGUUGGUCGAAUCGUGGGGAUGCUGAGACAGAUGGGGAGUUGGGUCGACGAUAUCCCUCCUAUUGAUGAACCGAUGAGAUUCGGUAACAAAGCGUUCAGGUCGUGGUACCAAAGGCUUGAGCAAGAGGCCGGCGGAAUGGUGGAUACUCUUCUCGAAGGGACUGGCCACGAGGCGGCCGCCGUGGAGUUGGUACCGUACUUGCUGGUGUCAUUUGGGCAUCCGAGUAGGAUCGACUACGGAACUGGGCACGAGACGUCCUUUGUGGUUUGGCUAUGUUGCCUGUUCAAGCUCGGCUCCCUCACGAAAGACGACUUGGCGCCCGCCAUUCUGCAGGUUUUCUACAGCUACUUGCAGGUGAUGCGCAGAUUGCAAAGCGUAUACAUGCUCGAGCCUGCUGGCUCGCAUGGAGUGUGGGGAUUGGACGACUAUCACUGCCUUCCAUUUUUGUGGGGGAGUGCUCAGCUUAUCGAUCAUCCAUCCAUCAAACCGCACGAUGUGCUGGAUGACAACGUACUGGACGAAGGUAAACACGACUACCUCUACCUAGGCGCGAUUGAUUUUAUCAAGAGCCUCAAAAAGGGCGCUGCUUUCGGAGAGUGCUGUCCAAUGUUGAACGACAUUUCGCAGCUGCCUUCUUGGAAAAAGGUCAACAUGGGCAUGCAACGUCUCUACGAAGGGGAUGUUUUGGGCAAGAUGCCCGUUAUCCAGCACUUCUUGUUUGGAUCUUUAUUGCCAUGCACAUGGGAGCCAAGUCCGGCUCCAGCCGUCAACCCUGUCGCCGUCAGCUCUUUCGGAGGUCGAGCACCGUGGGCGAAAGGAGCUCCGGCACCCCCAGAUGUGCACACUCUGGGAGCGGCGAAGGCGACGUCAGCAAACACCCACCCUACACGUCAAGAUACCUAACGACGCAGAAUGUAGCUCGGCACAGAGCAACGUGGUGGUACUACAGUAGGGUCGAGACGACCCGUUGCAGGCUUACUGCUUUAUUUGAAGCAGCAGUGUGUUCGGUAGGCUCCGGCUGCGUCUUUCGGUGGUGAACGAUCCGUCUUGUACGCUGCUUGUUUACUAGGUAAUCCCUCUGUUUUGCCGUGAACAGGUGCGUCGUGCUCCAUUUCGCAUCGAAGUGCGCGUUAUCUUCUCAACGGCGCUAAUUACAGGGCACAAUCGCUGUCUCCUCCAAGUCCAACGCAACCGCGACAGAUUUUCUCGUUGGAUUGUGCAAAACCGAGACUAAAAGAACAGGCAGAAAAGUUCUGGAGAGUACUGGUCGGAUAUAUUUCCAACUUUUUGCAAGAAUUUUUCACGAAAACCGCCCCCACCGGAAUGCUGCGAAUGUUCGGAUGGAUCUCUCUUGUGCACGUCGACUUGACUAAUGCCUAGACUACUAGUCCAUCUCCGCCCGUCGCCAGUCUCAGCCCGUCCGGUACAUGUUGACGCACCCGCAGGGGUCACACGGGAGUUUGUUUUUCUUCCGCCCUUCCGGCGGUUGUUGUUGUGACCUUGAGAAGGGUUCAGCGGCCCCGUCCCUCUUGAUUGCACUUAUUCGCUGCGCGUUCCACUGAUGCUGAAUGGGAGUUGGUAGUCGCGCCGGAGAGAUUCAAGACCUGGUGUGUGUUGUAGCUCAAACAAACCCUGACAAAGCAACAUACGGUGGUUGUGACUCAUACCCACUACACAAAUCC